AUGACAGAAGUAGGAAGAGAAACCUAUUUGUGUCGUGUGGGGUCUGCUGAGUUAAAAGAGAGAGAGAGAGAGAGAUCUUGCUUUCUUUUAGUGCUCUGAAACUAGUUUAGGGUAACGUAGUGUGUAAGGGCCAGUGGGAGGUAAUGAAGCGCAGGUCAAAAGAGAAAAGUCAGGAGAAUUUGGGCAGCCGUUUGCUCACUCCUCAGGAGAAUGAAAGAGUGGAGGAUCUGCUGGGCAGGAGGUGUGUGUCUCAGUGUACAACAGUGGUGCAGUUGUUCAUGGCUCUGCCUCACAGCCCCAACACCUGGAGUCUGCAGCAUACAGGCGUGCUCUGCUUUGAAAAGGACAAUCCUAAGCGCUCCUACUUCAUCCGCCUCUACGACAUCAAGGCAAGUAAACUUGUUUGGGAGCAGGAACUCUUUAACCAGUUCACGUACCACAGAAUCAAGCCCUUCUUCCACACUUUCCACGCAGAUGAGUGCCAGGUGGGCCUGAAUUUUGCAAGUGAGGAAGAAGCUGAGAACUUUUUCAUUACAGUGGAUGAGAAGAUCAGCCAGAGAAAUAAAAACUUGGAGAAGCGCCAGGGAAAAGGCCUUACUCUCAGUCGAGAUUCCCAUGAUGCAUUGCCACCACUACCUCCAAAUGGUUCUGGAAGUCAGAAUCUACUUCCACUGGGAAAUAUUAACAACCAGAAUCAAACACCUCCCACCAAGUCAAAGAAAGAGAAAAAGGAGAAGGAGAAAAAGAGCAAAAAGAAGGGCUCUAAAUUAUCCAAGGCAUUAAUUGGAGCACCUAGUGGUUUUACCCAUGUUGGGCACCUUGGUAUGGACAGCAAUAGCAUGGACCCAGAUUUGAUGAAGCUCCUCUCGCGUGCUGGAAUCAGUGAGGCAGAUAUGAGAGACUCUGAGACCUCACAACUUAUCUAUGAGGUCAUUGAGCGCUCAGGUGGAAUGGAAGCAGUCAAGAAGGAAUUGAACCAGCAGGAUCGUCCUCCACCUCCACCUCCUGGUGUACGUCGGACUUCUCUUCCCCCAGUGCCCCCUGGAUCUUCUUCAGCUCCCCUUUCCUCUCAAGCUCGUUUAGGGCCCUUACCACCUCCUCCUGGAGGAAGUCCAUCCACUGGCACCAGGUCCCCUUCACUGCGUUCUCUACCACCCACACCUUCAGGAGGGCGCACAGGACCCCUACCACCACCUCCAGUGGCACAAGGAGGACGUAGAGGGCCUUUACCCCAACCCCAAGGUUCACAGGUAGCACCUUCAGCAAGAAGUGGACCCCUACCACCAGUACCAGGAGGGCAUAGUGGUCCCCCUCCCCCUCCACCAGGAGAUCGAGGUGGCACUCCAUCAUCUGCUACUCUUCCACGUAGUGGUCCCUUACCUCCUCUUCCUGGAAGGGGUAGUAGACCCUCACCUCCAGGACAGCAAAGUGGCCCACAACACCCAGCUGCAAGCAGUCAACGUGCCCCCAUGCCUCCUGGACAUUCUGGUGGAUCUUUCCCACCUCCGCCAGGAAGACGGACUGGAUCCUUACCACAACCUCCAAAUGAUGAAUGUUAUUUGCUGCCACCUCCAACACUCCCUGAAGAUUUCCCUCCUUCCCCAUCUUCUGAUUUUCUGCAACUAGACAGUGAGGAUUUACCACCACCGCCUUUUCCAUCUGAGCCCUUCCCACCACCUCCACCAACCAAUGCCUGGCACACUUCUGACGUGGUCCCACAUCCUCCAUCAGCUAAUUCUAGCAUAGGAGGUCCACCUCCUCCUCCACCUCCUCCACCUCCUACCCCAGCACCCAAAUUGGGCCAAAGCGGGCCACCGCCUCCCAAAGCCAGCAGUGGGGGAGGAGGUAGAGGAGCAUUACUUGACCAGAUACGCACAGGGACAAAACUCAAAACGGUAACUGCCAGCCCCGAUCCACCCCCUUCUGCUGCACAGGAUACAGGAGAGGGAAUAGUGGGAGCCCUUAUGAUGGUCAUGCAGAAGAGAAGUAAAGUCAUUCACUCAUCAGAUGAAGGGGAUGAAUUUGAUGAUGACGACGAUGAAGAUGAUGAGUGGGAUUAAUUUAUAAUCAAGUGAAGGACUGUGUCUCAGUGAGCAUUAGCACACCUACAGUAAAAUUGGUGAAUAAUUUUCAACAACUGAAUAAUUUCAAUUUGGCCCUUUCAAUAAAAGUAAUUUUUCAUUAAACUAUUCAACUGCAAGUUGAAACAACAAAGUGAAUUCAUUUUGUUAACUGAAACCCUUUUUCAUUCCAAGUAACACCAAUUCACCAGUUAAAUGGUGUAAAACAUUUGCUCAGAGCAUCACACUGAGCAUGUGAAAUGCCUGUUCAAUAAUCUAUGUAAAGUGCUAACAUUUUCAGUGUAACUGAAGUGCAUUGUUUAUAUGUUCAUUGUUUAUCUGGUCCAGUUUUUUCCUGAAAAAUUAAAAGAGAAACUACUGUUGGG